AUGAAGGCCCGGACCGAGUGCUGUUCCCCCAAGUUCUGGCUGGUGCUGGCGGUGCUGGCGGUGUCCGGCAGCCGGGCCCGAUCCCAGAAGAGCUCCCCCAGCAUCGGCAUCGCGGUCAUCCUCGUGGGCACCUCGGACGAGGUGGCCAUCAAGGACGCCCACGAGAAAGAUGACUUCCACCACCUGUCCGUGGUGCCCCGCGUGGAGCUCGUGGCCAUGAACGAGACCGACCCCAAGAGCAUCAUCACGCGCAUCUGCGACCUCAUGUCUGACCGCAAGGUGCAGGGCGUGGUGUUCGCCGACGACACGGACCAGGAGGCCAUCGCCCAGAUCCUCGACUUCAUCUCCGCGCAGACGCUCACCCCCAUCCUGGGCAUCCACGGCGGCUCCUCCAUGAUCAUGGCGGAUAAGGACGACUCGUCCAUGUUCUUCCAGUUCGGGCCGUCCAUCGAGCAGCAGGCUUCGGUCAUGCUAAACAUUAUGGAAGAGUACGACUGGUACAUCUUCUCCAUUGUCACCACCUACUUCCCCGGGUACCAGGACUUCGUGAACAAGAUCCGCAGCACCAUCGAGAACAGCUUCGUGGGCUGGGAGCUGGAGGAGGUGCUGCUGCUGGACAUGUCGCUGGACGACGGGGACUCCAAGAUCCAGAACCAGCUGAAGAAGCUGCAGACCCCCAUCAUCCUGCUCUACUGCACCAAGGAGGAGGCCACCUACAUCUUCGAGGUGGCGCACUCCGUGGGGCUCACGGGCUAUGGCUACACGUGGAUCGUGCCCAGCCUGGUGGCCGGCGACACGGACACGGUGCCGGCCGAGUUCCCCACAGGGCUCAUCUCGGUCUCGUACGACGAGUGGGACUACGGGCUGUCUGCGCGCGUGCGCGACGGCAUCGCCAUCAUCACCACGGCCGCGUCGGACAUGCUGUCCGAGCACAGCUUCAUCCCCGAGCCCAAGAGCAGCUGCUACAACACGCACGAGAAGCGCAUCUACCAGUCCAACAUGCUCAACCGGUACCUGAUCAACGUCACGUUCGAGGGGAGAAACCUGUCGUUCAGCGAGGAUGGGUACCAGAUGCACCCGAAGCUGGUGAUCAUCCUGCUCAACAAGGAGAGGAAGUGGGAGCGGGUGGGCAAGUGGAAAGACAAGUCCCUGCAGAUGAAGUACUAUGUGUGGCCGCGCAUGUGCCCCGAGACGGAGGAGCAGGAGGACGACCACCUGAGCAUCGUGACGCUGGAGGAGGCGCCCUUUGUCAUCGUGGAGAGCGUGGACCCCCUGAGCGGCACCUGCAUGCGCAACACGGUCCCCUGCCAGAAGCGCAUCAUCUCCGAAAAUAAGACAGACGAGGAGCCGGGCUACAUCAAGAAGUGCUGCAAGGGCUUCUGCAUCGACAUCCUCAAGAAGAUCUCCAAGUCGGUGAAGUUCACCUAUGACCUCUACCUGGUCACCAACGGCAAGCACGGGAAGAAGAUCAACGGCACGUGGAACGGCAUGAUCGGCGAGGUGGUGAUGAAGAGGGCCUACAUGGCGGUGGGCUCGCUCACCAUCAAUGAGGAGCGCUCAGAGGUGGUGGACUUCUCUGUACCCUUCAUCGAGACCGGCAUCAGCGUCAUGGUGUCCCGCAGCAACGGCACCGUCUCGCCUUCCGCCUUCCUGGAGCCGUUCAGCGCGGACGUGUGGGUGAUGAUGUUCGUGAUGCUGCUCAUCGUGUCUGCCGUGGCCGUGUUCGUGUUUGAGUACUUCAGCCCCGUGGGUUAUAACCGGUGCCUGGCGGACGGCAGAGAGCCGGGCGGCCCGUCCUUCACCAUCGGCAAGGCCAUCUGGCUGCUGUGGGGCCUGGUGUUCAACAACUCCGUGCCUGUACAGAACCCCAAGGGAACCACCUCCAAGAUCAUGGUGUCCGUGUGGGCCUUCUUCGCCGUCAUCUUCCUGGCCAGCUACACUGCCAACCUCGCCGCCUUCAUGAUCCAGGAGGAGUACGUGGACCAGGUUUCUGGGCUGAGUGAUAAGAAGUUCCAGAGACCCAAUGACUUCUCACCCCCUUUCCGCUUCGGGACGGUGCCGAACGGCAGCACGGAGCGGAACAUCCGGAACAACUAUGCGGAGAUGCACGCCUACAUGGGGAAGUUCAACCAGAGGGGCGUGGACGACGCGCUGCUCUCCCUCAAGACGGGAAAACUAGACGCGUUCAUCUACGACGCAGCGGUGCUGAACUACAUGGCCGGUCGGGAUGAGGGCUGCAAGCUGGUGACCAUCGGCAGCGGCAAGGUCUUCGCCUCCACCGGCUAUGGCAUCGCCAUCCAGAAGGACUCGGGCUGGAAGCGCCAGAUAGACCUGGCCAUCCUGCAGCUGUUCGGUGACGGGGAGAUGGAGGAGCUGGAAGCCUUGUGGCUCACCGGCAUCUGUCACAAUGAGAAGAACGAGGUGAUGAGCAGCCAGCUAGACAUCGACAACAUGGCGGGCGUCUUCUACAUGCUAGGGGCGGCCAUGGCCCUCAGCCUGAUCACCUUCAUCUGCGAGCACCUCUUCUACUGGCAGUUCCGCCAUUGCUUCAUGGGCGUCUGCUCUGGCAAGCCCGGCAUGGUCUUCUCCAUCAGCAGAGGCAUCUACAGCUGCAUCCACGGGGUGGCGAUUGAGGAGCGCCAGUCGGUGAUGAACUCCCCGACGGCCACCAUGAACAACACGCACUCCAACAUCCUGCGUCUGCUGCGCACGGCCAAGAACAUGGCGAACCUGUCCGGAGUGAACGGCUCCCCGCAGAGCGCCCUGGACUUCAUCCGCCGCGAGUCAUCGGUCUACGACAUCUCGGAGCACCGGCGCAGCUUCACGCACUCGGACUGCAAGUCCUACAACCCGCCCUGCGAGGAGAACCUGUUCAGCGACUACAUCAGCGAGGUGGAGCGAACGUUCGGGAACCUGCAGCUGAAGGACAGCAAUGUGUACCAGGACCACUACCACCACCACCACCGCCCGCACAGCAUCGGCAGCACCAGCUCCAUCGACGGCCUGUACGACUGCGACAACCCGCCCUUCACCACCCAGCCCCGGCCCCUCGGCAAGAAGCCCCUGGACCUGGGCCCGCCGCCCGCCAAGCACGGCCAGCUGGGCGACCUGUACGGCAAGUUCUCCUUCAAGAGCGACCGCUACGGCCAUGACGACCUGAUCCGCUCCGACGCCUCCGACAUCUCCACGCACACCGUCACCUAUGGUAACAUCGAGGGCAACGCCGCCAAGCGCCGGAAGCAGCAGUACAAGGACAGCCUGAAGAAGCGCCCCGCGUCCGCCAAGUCCCGGCGCGAGUUCGACGAGAUCGAGCUGGCCUACCGCCGACGGCCGCCGCGCUCGCCCGACCACAAGCGCUACUUCAGGGACAAGGAGGGGCUGAGGGACUUCUACCUGGACCAGUUCCGGCCCAAGGAGAGCUCGCCGCACUGGGAGCACGUGGACCUCACCGACAUCUACAAGGAACGGAGCGGCGACGGCUUCAAGCGAGACUCGGUGAGCACCGGCGGUGGCGGCUCGUGUCCCAACAGGCCUCACGUCAAACAUCCGACGGGCGGCGGUGGUGGCGGCGGUGGCGACAAGCACGUGGUGGGUGGCGUGCCGGCGCCGUGGGAGAAGAGCCUGAGCUCCGUGGACUGGGACGAGCGGUCCACGGGGAACUUCUGCCGCAGCUGCCCGUCGAAGCUGCACAACUACGCGACGGCCGUGGUGCCGGGCCAGAGCUCGGGGCGACAGCCGUGCAUCCGCUGCGAGGCGUGCAAGAAGGCCGGGAACCUCUACGACAUCAGCGAGGACAACUCCCUGCAGGACCUGGAGCCCGGGCCCACCCCCGUGCCCGCCGGGGCCGCCCCGUCCACCAAGUACCCCCAGAGCCCCACCAACGCCAAGGCCCAGAAGAAGAACCGGAACCGGCUGCGGCGCCAGCACUCCUACGACACCUUCGUGGACCUGCAGAAGGAGGAGGCCGCCCUGGCCCCGCGCAGCGUGAGCCUCAAGGACAAGAGCCGCUUCCUAGACGGCAGCCCCUACGCCCACAUGUUCGAGAUGGCGGCCGGCGAGGGGGGCUUCGCCAACAGCAAAGCCUCGGUGCCCACCGCCGGCCACCACCACAACCCCGGCGGCGGUGGCUACAUGCUCAGCAAGUCCCUGUACCCUGACAGGGUCACCCAGAACCCUUUCAUCCCCACGUUCGGAGAUGACCAGUGCCUGCUCCACGGCAGCAAAUCUCACUUCUUCCGACAGCCCACGGUGGCCGGGGCGGCGGCAAAAGCCAGGCCGGACUUCCGCGGCCUGGUGGCCGGCAAGCCGGGGGUGGCGGCCGGUCACUUCCAGAAGGACAUGUGUAUAGGGAACCAGUCCAACCCCUGCGUGCCUAAAAACAAAAACCCCAGGGCUUUCAAUGGCUCCAGCAACGGUCAUGUGUACGAAAAACUGUCUAGCAUUGAGUCUGAUGUGUGA